AGCGUGCUCCCCUGACCCUCCUACUUUGAUUGCGUAAAACAUAUGCGACGCACGUGUUUGCGGUGCAGAAAUGGCAGAAGAAAGGUUACAGUUUCAUGAAAUGGGAUUAGAUGACCGCGUCUUGAAGGCGAUCGCAGAUUUAGGUUGGUCGCAGCCUACUUUAAUCCAGGAAAAAGCUAUUCCUCUGGCGCUGGUAGGAAAAGACCUUUUGGCUCGGGCUCGAACUGGUUCUGGUAAAACAGCUGCUUAUGCUAUACCUGUCAUACAACGUCUUCUGAACUCCAAACAGAGUGUCCGGGAGCAGGAUGUAAGAGCUCUGAUACUUGUGCCAACCAAAGAGCUGGGUCAGCAGGUUCAGACCAUGAUACGACAGUUAACCGCCUACUGCUCUAGGGAUAUUAGAGUGGCUGACAUCUCUGGCACAACAGAUCUGUCAACUCAAAGGCCUAUCCUGAUGGAGAAACCUGAUGUGGUGGUGAGCACUCCGUCACGUGUACUUGCACACCUGAACGCACAAAACCUUGUCCUGCAUUCAUCACUUGAGAUGGUGGUUGUAGAUGAGGCUGACCUGCUUUUUUCAUUUGGUUUUGAAGCUGAUCUGAAAAAUUUACUUUGUCAUUUGCCUAAGAUCUACCAGUCAUUUCUGAUGUCGGCCACAUUCACUGAAGAUGUGCAAGGCUUAAAGGAGCUGCUAUUGCACAAUCCGGUGAUUCUGAAACUGCAAGGCUCUCAACUCCCAGACAGCAGUCAACUGCAGCAGUACAGUAUCAAAUGUGAAGAGGAGGACAAAUUUCUGCUAAUUUACACACUGUUGAAGCUCUCCCUAGUUCAGGGCAAGACUCUUCUGUUUGUGGGAGAAGUGGACAGAUGCUACAGAGUCAAACUGUUUCUUGAACAAUUUGGUAUUCCUGCAUGUGUGUUGAACUCUGAGCUACCUGUGCAGUCCAGGUGCCACAUUAUCACACAGUUCAACCAGGGUUUUUAUGAUUACAUAAUUGCCACUGAUGAAGAGAGUUUGGCUGAGCCCAGUAAUCCAUUGCAAAUGACUACAGGUAAAGGAAAGAGGCCAUCCACAGAGAAGGGGUCAAAAAAUAAAGAUAAGGAAUAUGGAGUGUCCAGAGGUGUUGACUUCCAAAACAUUGCCAAUGUUAUCAACUUUGACUUUCCAACAACAGUAGAGUCUUAUAUUCAUCGAGUAGGAAGGACGGCCCGAGCAGACAGUGCUGGAACUGCCCUUUCUUUUAUUUCCCACACAGAGAUGCCUCUGCUAGCAGAAGUAGAAGAGGUUUUAAGAGGAGACAAUGCAGAUUGUGUUUUAAAACCGUAUGAAUUCAAGAUGGAGGAAAUUGAAAGUUUUCGCUACAGAUGCCGAGAUGCCAUGCGUUCGGUGACAAAGCAAGCAGUAAAGGAGGCUAGACUUAAAGAGAUCAAACAAGAACUUUUAAAUUCUGAAAAACUAAAGACUUACUUUGAAGAUAACCCAAGAGAUUUGCAGCUGCUACGACAUGACAAGGACCUCCAUCCUGCUGUUAUCCAACCACACAUGAAAAAUGUUCCAGACUAUCUCGUUCCCAAAUCCCUAAAUGGUAUUGUCAAUCCAUUAUCAGGAAGGAGAAAAAAGAGGAAUAAACCUAGGACUGGUGGUCUUAUUAAAGCAAGUUUUAAGAAAAACAUUCGAGGGAAAAAUCCACUGAAGACUUUCCGCUAUACUGGAAGAAGGAACAAAAAAUCAAAGUGAACCAGUUGAAGCUGCAGUUGGAUGGAUGUGAAGUCGAUGUUAAAAGAAAAAAUGCUUGUUAACUGUCCAGUUAGUUUUGUUUUGACCAUGUUCAAUAAAAAAAUAUACAUUGG